CAAACCCUAGACAUGGCGCUGUACUUGAGGGCGAGAGGAUUUACACGGUAUCUGAGCUCUGCUGCUUCUGGAGUUCAGCUUCACAUCCUGCCGAGCAGCAGCUGUUUCUUCGAUGAAGCAGUGCAGAUUAAAUUGAACGGUUUGCCUCCUGGACAACACGUGGAGCUGCGAUCCAAACACCAGGAUGACAAAGGGGUUGUUUUCAAGGCCACUGCUACAUACCAGGCAGACAAGCGAGGACACGUGGAUGUGAGCCGCCAGCCGUCCACGGGUGGCUCCUACACGGGGGUAGAGCCCAUGGGAUUGUUCUGGUCCAUGAUGCCAGAAAGUCCUCACAAGAAGCUGCUGAAGAGAGACGCGUCCAGCCCUGUCCUCAUCCACAUCGAGGCUCUCAGAGACGGACAGAUCCUCAGUGGAGACACCAACGAGAGGCGCUUUCUGGCUGAUGGAGUUCAGAGAGUCCCUGUAAGAGACGGCAGGUUACGGGGAACUCUCUUCAUACCACCUGGUGAAGGUCCGUUCCCUGGAAUUAUAGACCUGUACACUUUAGGAGGCACAGUGUGUGAGCCGCGAGCAGCUCUACUGGCAAACAAAGGAUUUGUGGUGUUUGCUUUGGCUUUCUACGGAUACCAGGACAUGCCCAAAAUGGUGGAUAAACUCGAUCUGGAGUACUUUGAGGAAGGUGUAACGUUUCUGCAGAUGCAGCCCAAGGUGAAAAAAACUGGAAUAGGAAUAGUGUCGAUUUCAAAAAGUGGAGACCUGGCUUUGUCGAUGGCCUCCUUCCUUCCCAAUAUCUCAGCCACCGUCUGCAUCAACACCUGCAACGCCAAUGUCAUAUUCCCUCUCCAUUAUAAAGACAUGGUGAUCCCGGGUUUCAUCGGCAAUUCCGAGAGAAUAAGAGUAACAAAAUCUGGCAUCUUGGAUAUCCGAGAUAUCCUGAAUGACCCAAUGGAGGAGGAGGAGAACCGUGCCACCGUGAUCCCUAUCGAGCGUGCCAAAUGCAACUUCCUGUUCCUAGUGUCAGGAGAUGACAGGAACUGGAACAGCACCUUUUUUGCAGAGCAAGCUUGCAGCAGACUCCAAGCACACGGAAAAGCAAACUACGACAUGGUGUGUUAUCCGACAGCAGGGCACUUUUUGGAAGUCCCCUACAUGCCCCAUCACCCAUAUGGGUUCCAUGCUGCUGUGAAUCAAGUGGUCACUUUUGGAGGAGAACCGAAAGCUCAUGCAGCUGCACAGGUUGAUGCUUGGCAGAGAGUGCAGGAGUUUUUUAAAAAACACUUGUGGAAGUGAAAACACUUUUUGAAAUGUCAUUUUAAAGGCAGGGGAGGUCACUUUGGAGAAACCAGCAAGAAUUAUAGUUAGAGUUUGAAAGUAUCCACUGUUCCAAAAUGCAUGAACGCGCACCGCCUGACUUGAUUUUGAUUUGAGUCAUUGUCGUCUUUACCUUGACGUAAAGAGAAUUUCAAGCGAUAUCACGAAAAAUGCUGCUAAAAAUACCAACACUCUACAACAAAAAGAGCUCAGUAUGUAUAGAAAAAUAAUCAGUGUGAUGAAGUGAAGCAACUGUAACCACCCUGAAGUUGAUUAUUUGCCAAGUAACAACGUGUCCUGAAGUGAUGUUCAGUUAUUCCUCUUAUACAACAAUAGUUUGUCAAGGAUUACUUUAUUUUGUUAAUUACUCUAGAAAUGAUAAUGUGAUUUGUAGCUGCACUACUGUCAGAGCUUCUGUUAGAGAAUCCUAGAAAAUGAAUCGACACCUUCUGACCAAUCAGAAUGGAGAAUUCAGCCACGAAGGUUGUGGAAAAAAUACCUACUAAUAAAUCUCAAACUUGAAGCCAAUUAAAAGACUGAUUUCAUGGCUAUGGGAUAUCUAGUGCUGCAUUAACAUCUCAUCGACACCAUGCAGAAGGAAUGAUUUUGAUUUGCUUUGAGUGCAGCAAAUGGAUUUCUGAGUGUUUUGUUUCGUUAAAGAAAACAAAUCAGUUUAACAUUUAUUACUUCGCCCGGGACGGAGUCCACCAGGGGGCGAGGUAUUGUUUUCAAUUGGGUUUGUUUGUUUGUUUGUUUGUUUUUGUAUAAACGAUGUUAUGGGAAAAUGGCUGGACCAAUCUUCAUGAAACUUUCAGGAUGGAUGGGCAAAUAGAACUUCCAACAUUUUGAGGGUCAUCCAGUCAAGGUCACCAAAAAGGUCAAAAUCGUUUUUUCACGAUACCUUUCUUCAUAUUCAUUCAGAUGUGUUCUGAUUGGCUGAGAGCAGUAUGGUGUGUUCUGGUUGGCUGAGAGCAGUAUGGUGUGUUCUGGUUGGCUGAGAGCAAUACGGUGUGCAAAUCAGAAUCACAACCAUGUUUAUUGGCCAAGUAUGUUCACACACAAGGUCAAGGUCAUCAAAAAGGUCCAAAUUGUUUUUUCGCGAUAUCUUCCUUCAUAUUCAUCCUAAGUGCUACCGGGCGAGGUUUGUUUUGCCAGACAAAACAAUUUAGAACUUUGUUAUAAAUUUGUUCCAUUUAUACAGUGGAGCUUGAAAGUUUGUGAACCCUUUAGAAUUUUCU